AAUGAAGCGAAGUUGAUGUAUCUCUGGAGAAUUCCGCUGUUGAUUACCAGCGAUUUAGUGCUGGCGCGAAGAUAUGGAGACCUCUUUGAACUUGUAGAACUACACAAACCAGCUCCAAGUGGUUCCAUGAUAACCACACCGCGCGGUUUCUUUAAUGGUUCGCUAAUAGACAUGCGCCCUCAGAAAGAGCUCUAUAGGAGACGCAGAAACCUAAUGGGCCAUCAUCUGACCAUGGCCAAUAUCAUACAAGACAGUAACACCACGAAAUACUAUUUACCGAGGGAUGAUAGACUGCAGUUACACCACGACGCAGUUGCUAAAGUCUGCUGGGUUUUUGCGAAAGUGGCCUUCGAGCUACUAAAUGCGACACCUCGGUACAUAUUCAGCUACAGAUUUGGAUAUAAAGUGAACGGUCAGUGGUCCGGAAUGGUACGGGACAUAGGCGAUAAUAAGGCUGAUUUGGGAACCAACUGCGUGCUUUUCAAAGAACGUCUCGAGAUAAUUACGUACACGGAUCUGGUAGCACCGAUGCGGAUGCGCUUUGUGUUCAGACAGCCACCGUUGGCAUACGUCGCCAAUAUUUUCGCUUUGCCGUUCUCAACUGGAGUAUGGAUGGCGGUAGCGAUAGCUUCAAUUGCGUCGACAGUGACGCUAUACAUUACCAGUCUGUGGGAGAUUCGAAUCGAAAAGAAUCCAACUCAACUAGACGGCAGCAUCGGAGAUGCAUUACUGCUGACAAUGAGUGCUGUCACUCAACAGGGCUGCUUCAUCGAACCAAGAAGAACACCAGGUAGAAUAAUGGAGUUCAUUUUCUUCACGGCGCUAAUGGCGUUGUACGCUGCCUACUCUGCUAACAUCGUGGUGUUGCUCCAGGCGCCUUCCAAUUCCAUCACGAGCCUUGCGCAGCUGGCCGCAUCCAAGGUCACGUUGGCUGCUAACGAUGUGGACUAUAAUCGAUUUGUUUUUAAUCUCUACUGAAAUUUUCAGGACGACAUUGACCCUCUACACGUUUCUGUGCACAAAACGAUCAUCCCUGACAACGGAAAGCCACGGUUCCACGAUAUUGUAGAUGGAGUCGAGAGGAUUCGAAAGGGUUUAUUCGCUUUCCACUCGAUAGUCGAGCCGGUCUAUCGGCGUAUUGAGGAAACAUUUCAGGAAAACGAAAAAUGUGAUCUAACCGAAGUGGACUAUAUAAACAGCUUAGAUGCUUUCACGCCGGUCAAGAAAGAUUCUCCGUAUUUGGAACUGCUUAGAGUUUCUUACAAACACGUGCGUGAAGUUGGUAUUCAAGCGGCUUUGAACAAGCGCUAUCAAGUACCCAAGCCUCGAUGCGAGAGCAAAGCGGUCGCAUUCAGCAGUGUCGGUCUUCUAGACCUUCGACCGGUCCUUAUUAUGAUGAUGUACGGCGUGGCUUUAUCUCUAGCGAUAUUAUUAGCGGAAAUCAUUGUUUUCAAAAUAAAAGAAUACAACUGUAAUUUUCAUUAGCGGAAAUUCACUAUUGUCUCUCGUCUACAGCAACUUUCUUAUAAUUAAAGUUUGGUAAUAAAAGUUACAAUUCACCGUAUUCAUUUAAAUAAAAGUAGACGUAUCUAACA